AUGUCGCAGAGCUCUCCGCGACUAUCAACAUCCAUCCUUUGCGAUAUCCACGGCCACGACGGCAGCAGCAGCAGCAGCAGCAAGCCCCUCAUGUCCGACUACCGUUAUGGCACGCAGUCUGAUGCGUAUGCCGCUGAACACGACAUCCACCAGCGCACCGUUCCCGAGAAGAACCGCAAGACGAGCUUGGGCAACAAGUUCUCUGCCGAUGAUGGCGCUCCCAACGAUGCCGACGACCUUCUGCAGGCUAUGGGCUACAAGUCUGAGCUGGUGCGAUCACGAUCAACCUUCCAGGUUGCUUUCAUGUCUUUCGUCCUAGCCUCGGUUCCUUACGGUCUAGCAACCACUCUAUUCUACCCCAUCGCCUGUGCAGGGCCUGUCGGUAUCAUUUGGGGAUGGCUGGGCGUGUCCCUCAUCAUUCUCUGCGUAGCGGCUUCGCUAGGAGAGAUCACGAGCAUCUACCCCACCAGUGGCGGUGUCUACUACCAGACUUUCAUGCUGGCGCCACCAUCCUACCGCAGAAUCGCCUCGUGGAUCUGUGGUUGGGCCUUUGUAGUCGGAAACAUUACUAUCACGCUGGCUGUCAACUUCGCUACUGCUCUUUUCCUUGGUGCCUGCAUCAACGUCUUCGAGUCAGCACCUGGCGUUGGCAUCUUCGAGGGUACCAACUGGCAGGUCUAUCUGAUCUUUCUCGCCAUUACGCUUCUGUGCAAUUUGGUAUCCGCCCUAGGUAACCGUUGGCUGCCAUGGCUUGAUACUUUUGCUAUUUUCUGGACCUUUGCUGGUGUGCUUGCCAUUAUCGUAUCCAUCCUUGCCAUUGCGAAAAACGGCCGACACAACGCCAAAUACGUCUUCACCGAAUUUGACCCCUCCAACUCUGGAUGGGUCCCUGGAUGGAUGUGUGAAGAGGUAGAGCACCCCGCUACCCAGGUACCGAAGGCACUCGUCGGUACAGUUGCACUCAACACUGUCAUGGGUCUUGUUUUCUUGAUCCCGCUCGUAUUCGUCCUCCCGAACCAGGCCGAUCUGUACGGCCUGCUCUCUGGUCAGCCAGUACCCACGAUCAUCAAGGAGGCCGUUGGUAGUUCCGGUGGAGCAAUCGGCCUGCUUAUUCCUCUCCUUGUGCUUGGUCUCAUCUGCGGUAUUGGAUGCACCACCGCGGCAUCUCGUGCCACCUGGGCCUUUUCCCGUGACGGUGCCAUCCCUGGCUUCAAGUGGUGGAGGGUUGUCAACGUCAAGCUCGAUGUGCCUCUCAAUGCCAUGAUGCUCAGCAUGGCUGUCCAGCUUAUCCUCGGUCUCAUCUACUUUGGAGCCCCCGUCGCCUUCAAUGCCUUCUCUGGCGUUGGUGUCAUCUGCCUCACGUUGAGCUACGCCAUGCCAAUUCUCAUCUCCCUGGCCAGAGGCCGCUCGCAGGUCAAGGACGGUGCCUUCCACCUUGGCGCUCUUGGCACCUUCUGCAACGUUGUUGCUCUUGCCUGGUCUGCUCUCGCGAUCCCGCUUUUCUCUAUGCCGACGGUGCUUCCCGUCACGGCUCAAAGUAUGAACUACGCUUCGGUGGUGUUUGCUGGAUUCUUCGUCAUUGCUACUCUUUGGUACUAUGCAUGGGGACGUAAGAACUACGAAGGUCCUCCGACGCACGAGGACGCUGUCUUGGAGGCCAGGAGGGCUAGCAUGGUCAGCAGCCGCAGCAAAUAAGCAGUUUUGUGACCGUGUUCGACGAGAAGCGCGCGGUGCAGGGACGUGUACAAAAUCUCUGGCCCAAGUCUGAGCACCUGGCUACAAUACAUAUUCUAAUUCAUUUUUCUUCUUGA